UGCCUCUUCAUUACAUAAAGUAAUCUCUACCCCUUGUAUUUGGUCCUAAACUGAAUGGUCUUAAGUCUCUCAUCUAAUUUCUAAAUGGUUAAGGAAAUACCUUUCAUUGUUUUAUGUGUACUCACUUUGAGUUUAGCUUUACUCCUCAAAAAAUUUCUCUCAAAAAGUCAAACAAAAGGAUCUUUGGGGUACCCUAUUAUUGGAGAGACAUUUGGUUUUAUUAAAGCACUGAGGAAGGACAAAGGCUCUGAGUGGAUAGAAGAAAGAGUAUCCAAGUAUGGUCCUGUCUUUAAAACAUCCAUAAUGGGUUCUCCAACAGUAGUUAUUAUUGGACAACAAGGAAACAAAUUUGUUCUUAGUUCCUCAGAUGAUGUUAUUUCUGCAAAGAAACCUCCUACCUUUCAAAAGAUUUUAGGAAAACAAAGCCUUUUUGAACUUACUGGAUCAAGACAUAGGUUGGUGAAGGGGGAAAUGCUGAAAUUCUUAAAACCUGAAUGCCUUCAAAACUAUGUGAAAAAGAUGGAUGAAUUAGUGAACACAAUAUUACUAAAAGAAUUGCAAGAGAACAAAACAAUUGGAGUUGUAAGGUUGAUGAAGAAACUUUCCUAUGAUAUGGCAUGCAAUAUAUUAUUUGACAUUAAAGAUGAACAAACAAAGGAAGCUAUGUUUGAAGAUUUUAUCACAGCAUUUAAAGCACUUCAUUCUCUUCCAAUAACUUUCCCUGGUACCUCAUUUUGGAGAGGCCAAAAGGCUAGAGCAAGAAUUGUGGAAAAGAUAAUUCCUAUUAUGAACAAAAGAAGAGAGGAAUUGUCAAAAGGAAUUCUAAGCUCUACUAAUGAUAUGCUUUCUUGCCUUCUUGCAAUAAGAGAUGAAAAUGGUCAACCUCUAGAAGAUGACUUAAUUACUGACAAUUUUAUUUUUCUAUUUAUGGCAAGUUAUGACACUUCUGCUACUCUUAUAACCAUGAUGAUAUGGAAGUUAUCUAGAGAUCCAGAUGUUUACAAUAAAGUUUUAGAAGAACAAAUGGAAAUCUUAAAGCAAAGGGAAGGAAUCGAAGACAGAUUAACAUGGAGAGAGAUUCAAAAGAUGAAAUACACAUGGAGAGUUGCUCAAGAAUUGAUGAGGAUGAUCCCACCUGCAUUUGGUGGAUUUAGGAAAGCACUUAAAGAUACUAGUUACGAAGGAUACGACAUACCAAAAGGGUGGACGGUAUAUUGGGCAUCAUGUGGAACACAUAUGGACAAAGAUAUAUUUGAGAAUCCACAAGAGUUUGAUCCAUCUCGUUUUGAAAAUCAAGCUAAGCCAAUCCCACCAUUUUCUUACCUUCCAUUUGGUGCAGGGGUUCAUAAUUGCAUAGGGAAUGAGUUUGCUAGGGUUGAGACCUUAACUACCAUUCACAAUUUUGUGAAGAUGUAUGAAUGGUCUCAAUUAAAUCCAGAGGAAACUAUUACUCGUCAACCAAUGCCGUAUCCAUCCUUGGGUCUCCCAAUUAAGAUCAAAAAAAGAUGUAGUAAUAUGUCUUAAACUUUAUUGUCAUGUACUAUAUGGUGUUGUUUCUUGUCUUAUCCUAUGUACUAUGUUUCUAUAUAUAUAC